AUGCAGCUCACCCGCCUCGUUCUCCUUGCCACAACCCUUCUCGUCGGCGCCGACGCGUGCAAAUGCGUUAACAACGGAGCCAACACAGACGCCACCAGAGCUUGUUGCGCCCAGCUCAAAGGAAACUUCCGCAACGGCAACGAUUGCCAGGCUGGCUCCAUCUCGGAGAAGCUCUCCAACUUCCGUCGAUGCUGCCAGGGUAAGGGCUUCACUUCGGACUGCGACUGCCCGACUUGCCUGGCUGAGGAAGCUGAGGCUGAAGCUGCUGUGGUUACGAAGCGAGGUGAUAUGGGGCUUUAG